GCGUGGGCCACACGUGUCGAGAUGUCAAAAGCCUUCUGGGAUGUGUAGUCUUUGCUUAGAGGCGGAACGCGUUCGUGACGCUGAUUGGCUGAAAGGGCGCGAAGGUGACUGGCCGGUAGUAGCUAGGGGUCAGAUGGCGGCGUCCUGAAGAAAUUGAACUUCUGCAGUGGGAGAAUUCUGCAGGCAGGUCCAGUGCAACUACCCAAACCGGAAGAUUUUGGGAGCUCUCUCUUCCACCCUUCAGUUCCCUCUUCGAUUGAUCCCUAUCCCCAUCCAAAGGUGCCAUGUGGCGAAGCUGCUUUCGGCUUGCGGCUGGUGGCGGGAGCUUUCCACGCCGUCCUUGCCUUCUCCCUGCUGCCCCCUUAGGACCGGGUAGCCAAGCCGGGUUAGCCCCCGGGCUCUCGCUCCCCCGCCGGGCUUACGCCCCCCCCGCAGAAAGGAAGAAGUUUUAUCAGAAUGUCAGCAUUACACAAGGUGAAAAUGGAUAUGAGAUAAACCUGGACCACAGAAAACUGAAAACUCCCAAUGCCAAGCUCUUUACUGUUCCCAGCGAGGCACUGGCUGUUGCUGUGGCUACUGAGUGGGAUUCCCAGCAAGACACUAUCAAGUUCUACACAAUGCAUUUGACCACACUGUGUAACACAUCUUUAGACAACCCAUCUCAACGAAACAAAGAUCAGCUUAUCCAAGCUUCUAUGAAGUUUCUGGACACAGACACAAUCUGUUACAGGGUGGAGGAACCAGAGACUUUAGUGGAACUUCAAAAGAAUGAGUGGGAUCCAGUUAUAGACUGGGCAGAAAAAAGGUAUAAUGUUAAGAUUGGAUCUUCUACAAAUAUCAUGGGACCUGAUAUCCCAAUCAAGACUAAAGAAACUUUCAUCAGUCAUUUGGCAUCUUACAACAUGUGGGCCUUGCAAGGUAUAGAAUUCGUGAUCACCCAGUUGAAGUCUAUGGUUUUGUCCUUGGGGUUGAUUGACAGGCACCUUACAGUAGAAAAGGCAGUCCUGCUGUCUCGUCUGGAAGAAGAGUACCAGAUCCAGAAAUGGGGCAAUGUGGAAUGGGCCCACGACUAUGAACUACAUGAAUUGCGGGCUCGAACUGCAGCUGGGACGCUUUUUGUUCACCUUUGUUCAGAAAGUUCCACAGUAAAACACAAACUCCUGCAGGAAUGAGGUUCUCUUACUGAACUCUGGGAUCAUAGAGGAAGAUGCGCAUCCUAGGUGACUUGAGGAUGAUAUAAGCUACAAGUCAUUGGAUUUUUUCCCCCCACUUCCUGCUAAGAGAUCAUCCUGUCCUUGGUCAUUAAGAGCUAUCCAGGAAAAUAUCUUUUAAAAUGGGGGAAAAGGAGCUACAGUAUAAUUAGUACACAGGACUUUCUUCCUAGCUUUAUUUUUAAUAUUAAAGAUUUCUUCAAGAUCAAAACUUGUAUCAAACUUUGUAAUUGUUUAUGGCUCCGGAAUUUAAUCUCAUUUUAUUCAUUGUGACUGGGAUUUCCCUAAGGUUAAACAUCUUACCUUUUAAGAGUAUAUUUUGCUGAUUUAGGUCUGAAAUAAGAGACUCAGUACUUGUCACCAGUCAGUAAACUAAUUUUUAUUCUUGGUCUUUCAACCUAAUUUUUCUUAACUUAUGUUUGACUUUUAUCAAAAGUUCUCAUGAAAAUAAAUUACUCCUUAAUCUUUUUUUUGUUUCUUAGAAAGUCAUAUUAAGUAUUCUGUUCUUUAAAAUAGAAGAAUAUUUAAUAUAAUUAAAAUUCUAAAAAGUAACCUGAUUUGAGAGACAUGUGAGAAAAAUUUUGAAUUUAUCCUUAGUUUUUUUUAAGGUUUCUUCCUUACAUCAUAUUCCAUGUGGCAAUCUGCCAUUUCUUAGCAUCACUAUUUAUAUAUAAUACAGCAGAAGGAGCAAAUGGUACUCCAAAAAUGCAUUCAAUAAAGGCUUCUCAAGCAAGCUGCCUUUAUUAGUUCACUUAAAAAUAGAUUUUAGGAACUUUGAUAACUUGCAUUCCAAAACAAAUAAAACUAUCAUCACCUUAAGAGUUUUGAGAGCUUUCUUUCCUGUGUUCUACAACAGUUAGUAAUAGAAAUCACAUUUCCAUUGGGGUGCAAGAGGAGUUAAAGUUACUUUCUCUCAGGUUGUAAAAAUGUAGCUGGAUUACAAUGUUCUUUACGUAAAUUCAUAUUACUUAAAGACUUCUGAAAGAAAUCUGCAUUCUAAAAAUGUUAACUUUACAAUACCUGUCUCUCUCUUUCUCCCCUCCCCCCUCUACUUCUGCCUCUAGAAUCAGUGCUUUGAGGCCUCCCAUCUCUCCACCCAAAAGCCCUCCAAGAUGGGGCAGGUAGGUGGCACAGUGGAUAGAGCACCAGCCCUGGAGUUAGGAGGACCUGGGUCCAGAAAUCCUCCAAGUGAAAGCAGAAGAACAGACACAAGUGGGGCUUGACUUGAGAUCUCUGAUGGCCAAGAAAGUAGACAUUUGUCUUGCUCUGCCUACAUGUCUGUCCCACAUGUGUCUGUCUUCCCUUUGCUUGGCCCCAUAGCAUAUAUCAGCCAUCCUCUGUUUUCUGUGUCUGGCCCUAUGUGUCAGCCACUCACAUGGCCUUCCUCUGGGUUCUGGCCAGGCUUUCUGUGGCUCAACCCAGCCUUUACAGAUUAUGUCGUGCUCCCCUUCCUCCAUGAGCAUGGGGUCUUCUUCCUGACUCUUCCUUUUUUUCUUUUCCCUCUAUCUAUGGGCAAAUUCAGAUUACAUAAAAACUGCUUUUUAUAGAAGUACACAGAAUAAAUGGUUCAGCUGUCUGUAUUAUGAAAUGGCUGAUUGCUGUUCUAAAGCUCUUUCAGUGUCCUUUUCAUCUAGAAAGAAGAAAAUCCCCUCUAACAACAAGUUUGUAACUUUUGUGGCCAACAGAGGCUUCCAUAGAAUGGAGCUAUCAAUCCUUCUGCAUUCUUAAUGGACCUGCCUGAUAAAGUGAUGAGUACUUUGACUUGAUCUUUGUCUUUAUUUUUCAUAAAUUUAAAUAUUUAAUUCAAUAAAAUAAGCCAUCUAUUGUUAUUUUCACAUUUGGAACUUCUCAAGAGGAAAAAAUUGAAAAACGUAGGUAACCAUAUAUCUUUAUACAAAUUGUCAUCCAUUGGUCACUCAAGUACAUGAGCAGAAUUUUGUCCCUAAUCAAUAUUCCUUUCUAAAAAGAAGAGACGGCCCUUUUUUGUGUUA